UUAACCUUUCUUCUCCUGCCGACGAAGGUGACGAAAUGGCUCUCUCCAAACCCACUUUCCUCACCCACCUCAAAACUCUAACGAAACCUCACCAUCCUUGUAGUCCUCCAUCUUUCUUCCUCCAACGUCGCCUUCUCUCCUUCGCCAGCCCUGAAGAAGCAGCCGCCGAGCGUCGCCUCCGCAAGCGCCGCCUUCGAAUCGAACCCCCUCUCAACUCACUCCGUCACUCCCAACCCCAACAACGUCCCAUAAACCCUAACCCUAAUCCUAACGCUCCCAAACUCCCAGAAUCCGUCUCCGUUGUCACCGGCAAUCGCCUCAAUCUCCACAAUCAAAUCCUUACCCUCAUCCGCAAGAACGACCUCGAUGAGGCCGCACUCCUCACUCGGCACUCAAUCUACUCCAAUUGUAGACCCACCAUCUUCACUUGUAACGCUGUCAUGGCCGCUCUCCUCCGCCAAUCUCGAUACUCCGAUCUUCUCUCGCUUCAUCGAUUCAUCACUCAGGCUGGUGUCGCUGCAAACGUCGUCACCCACAAUCUCCUUAUUAACGCCUACUGUGAUUGUAGGAAAACUGACACUGCUCUCGAACAUUAUAAGCAGCUCAUCAAUGAUGCUCCAUUUAAUCCUUCUCCAACUACUUAUCGCAUUCUUAUGAAGGGGCUUGUGGAUAACAACAAGGUUGAUCGGGCAUUAGAACUGAAAAAUGAGAUGCUCGACAAGGGUUUCGCGCCGGAUUCAAUUGUCUAUAAUUAUCUCAUGUUGGGGCUUGUGAAGAAGUCGGAUCCUGACGGAGUUCUGGCUCUUUAUGAGGAGUUAAGGGAGAAGCUAGGGUUUGUCUCGGAUGGGAUCGUUUACGGGAGCUUGAUGAAGGGAUACUUCCUCAAAGGAAUGGAGAAAGAGGCGAUGGACUGUUAUGAAGAGGCCGUCGGGGAGAAUUCUAAGGUUAGGAUGGCUGCCGUGGCUUACAAUUCGGUGUUGGAUGCGUUGAGCAAGAACGGUAAGUUCGAAGAGGCAAUGAAGCUAUUUGAUAGGAUGUUGGCAGAGCACAAUCCCCCUAGGUGGCUUACCGUGAAUCUGGGAAGCUUUAAUGUUAUGGCAGACGGCUUCUGUGCGGAGGGUAGAUAUAAGGAUGCGAUUGAGAUUUUCAAGAAAAUGGGUGAAAAGAGAUGCAUGCCAGACACCUUGUCUUUUAAUAAUAUGAUCGAACAGUUAUGCGGCGCUGGGAUGGUUUCAGAUGCAGAGGAGCUUUACCGGGAGAUGGCUGAGCAAGGAGUUAAACCAGAUGAAUUUACUUACGUUCUGCUCAUGGAUGCCUGCUUUGCGCAGAACCGGGCAGACGAUGCUUCUGGGUAUUUCAGGAAGAUGGUGGAAUCGGAACUGAGGCCUAAUGCAGUCGCCUAUAAUAAGGUAAUUGAUGAAUUGAUUAAAGUGGGGAACAUUGACGAGGCAAUGGUGUUCUUCGAGCAGAUGGUGGAGAAGUUGAAGGUAGACUCUGCUAACUACCAGGUGAUGUUUAAGGCAUUGGGUGAAGCGGGGAAGCUGGAUGAGGUACUGAAGUUGGUCGCGGGCAUGCUGAAUGAUGAGAGUGUGGGUCUGAGUUCAGAGGUGCAAGAGGUUGCAGCGGAUGCUCUGAGGAAAGGGGGAAGAGAGGAGGAAUUGGUGAAGUUGUUGGAGGAGAAGGAGAGGGAAAAAGCUGAGGCUGCUGCCAAGGAAGCGGAAGCAGCAGAAGCAGCCAGUGCAACCACGGCCCAGUCUGCUAAUGUCAGUGAGGCUGCCGUUGAGUCCGUCCUAAAGAAUAUAGCGAAGGUUAGAGUGGCUUCUGGUGACGAAGAGAGCAGCGAGGAAGCUGUUAAUAAUGAAGUUGGUGACGAAGAGAGCAGCGAGGAAGCUGUUAGUAAUGAAGUUGGUGUAGGUCUCAAUCCUGUGGAUGCGAGUGAGGUGGUGGAAGAAGCUAGUAAGGCUGAUGAUGCUGAAGAUGGGUCAGGUGGUAGAAGGGAAGAUUGAAAGAGUAACAGCAUCACCGUGGUUUCUCUCUUUUUCAUAAUUCCUCCUUGUUUGGAACGGAGUAGAUUAAUUGAUUUGAUCAUC